AUGGUAUCCAUGAUAGAUGCCCAGCGCGAUGUCAUCCUCAAUACCCUACGACACAUCACCCGCGACGACUGGAAAGUCCUCGUGGUCGAUCCCGAUUCGAAACGUCUGGUCGACAAUGUCAUAGAUCAGGAUGAGAUCUUGAAUCUCAAUAUCACAAACAUUGAGCAGAUCACGGAUCGAAGACCUGCGAAUAAAGACGUCGAUGCCAUAUACCUUCUCACACCACACCCAUGGAUCGUCGACUGUCUCAUGGCCGACUUUGACAAGCGAAAAUACAGGCGGGCGCACCUAGUAUGGACAUCAUUACUGCACCCAACCCUCCGAGACCGGAUAGACAAGUCGCAGGUCGCACGUGAGCAGAUAGCACUGUUCAAAGUGCUCAAUGUCGAGUUCUACCCGCGAGAGUCACAUCUGGUCACCUUCCGGGACCCAUGGAGUUUCCCCAUCCUCUUCCACCCUGGCUGUAAUCAUCUGGUCCGACAACACAUGGAAGACAUCGCACAGAAGAUCGUUGGCGUGUGCGUGGCGUUGGGCGAGUAUCCGACAAUCCGCUACUAUCGACCACGGGAGAAGCGGCAUGAGGCAAGCAUACUCUGCUCUCACCUCGCACGUUUUGUGCAAGACGAGCUCGACCUCUACGCCAAAUUCCACGAGGACUUUCCACCAUCAACGACACGGCCGCGAGGCGCGCUCUUCAUCACUGACCGCUCUAUGGACUUGUUCGCCCCCUUUGUCCACGAAUUCACCUACCAAGCCAUGGCCCAUGACCUUCUACCCAUAAAAGAAGGCGACAAGAUCUCCUACCGUACAGUCCUGAACGAAGGUCUACGAGAUCAACAAGAAAAAGAUCUCGAGAUCACAGAAAAGGACAAGAUCUGGACAGACAACCGCCACCGCCACAUGUCUGACACCAUCGAGAAGUUCACGGCGGACUUCGAUCGCUUCAUCAAGGCCAACCCGAACUUUACACGAGAAAGUGAAGGUGGUGCGAAUAGUUUGAAUGCCAUCAAGGACAUGUUGGCUGGACUGCCGCAAUUCCAGAGUCAGAAGGAGGCUUACGCACUGCAUCUUGGCAUGGCGCAGGAGAGUAUGAAUAUGUUUCAGAAGCGGAAGUUGGGCGAUCUUGCCGCGAUAGAACAGGUCCUGGCCACGGGCAUUGACCAAGACGGCCAGAAACCUAAAGCUCUUGCAGAUCAAGUCAUUCGCAUGCUGGACGAGGCUGAUGUUGAGAUGCUCGAUCGACUACGCCUCCUGAUCCUCUACAUCCUUCAUCGCGAUGGUAUCCUCGGUGGUGACAUGCAGAAACUUCAUGCUUUUGCUAACCUGCCACCGCACGAUCAACAAAUCAUCCAAAAUCUUGCGUUACUCGGAGCAAGAAUAGACCGCCAGCUGAGCGAGAAGAAACGACCACCUGCCGACCCUCUCUUCCUUACGAAACCUCCGCCCAUGAAUCCACCGGAGACGUAUGCGCUGUCCCGUUUCGAGCCAGCACUACAAAGUAUGCUCGAAGCACACGCAAACAACACCCUCGACCAACAAAUCUUUGCUUACACCAAGCCGCCUCUCGAUCAAGGCAACGACGCUCAGCUCAUGUCCACAGCCUCUCUGCGCAGCGCAAAACCCACCUGGGCCAAGACCCGCGGCACCAAUGUCGGAAGCGAGAACCGUCAACGCGUCAUCGUCUUCAUGGCUGGUGGUGCAACGUUCAGCGAGAGCAGAGUCUGCUACGAAGUCGCUCGCAUAACGGGAAGGGAGGCGGUGCUCGUGACAUCACACAUGCUGACCCCCGAACUCUUCGUCCGACAAGUCUCUGACCUCUCAACCGACCGAAGACGUCUGGCAAUCCCGGCCGAUAUGCCUAAAUCCCAGGCCCCAGCUCAUCUCUUCGAGCCCGAACCACAACCUAAACCGGUCGCGCCGCCGCCACAGCAGCCGCAGGGCGCGAGGCCGCAACCAACAUCGCAAGCUGCACCGUCAAGAGCUCCAGCGGCUGCGCCGGCUCCGCCUACAGCGCAGAUGGGCAGGAUUAAUCUGAGUGGCGGGAGCAAUGGCGCGCCUGUGCAGGCGAAUAGUUCGGCCAAGUUGACCAAGGAUCCGCCGAAGGAGAAGGAGAAGAAGAGGCAUUUCGGGUUUGGAAAGAAGAAGGAUUAG